AUAUGAAAUCUGAUUUACAGAAAUGACAAUCGGAAGGAAUAGAAAAACGGCACUGGUUGAAGAAUAAUUUAAUAUCAGUGACCUGCUUUGAAAAUUAUAAAAUUAAAUUUAAUUCAAUAAGAAAACGAUUUAGCAAUUCAUUGCCAGCGAUAGGUAGUGGAAAUUUUAAAGAUUGUAAUGGAUCGCGAAUAUGAGGAUACCCCGGACUUAGAAGCGGUUGCAAGAACAUCAGGUGCCAGGAACGGCAAACUCAGUAAAAAACCAUCACUUGAUGAUUUAGUACAAAAUGUGACUUUACAUAUUCGAAACCCUAUUGCCCUUAGUGGGAUAGUAAUGCCUUUUGUAAUUUUAUAUUUGGGAGUAUUCUAUGCUUGGAUUUUCAUUUACGGCGUUGAUGUGCACUAUGAAGCUGGUCUUAUCACAGUUGCUGUAAUUGCUUUUAUUCAGAUAUUAGCAUUACUUUGUUGCUAUUGGAGUGUUCAUGUACUUACAUUUCUUAACUGUCGUAAUGUAAAAACUCCUAGCGUAGGCGUUCUGGCGAAAGUCAUACCAACACCAAACAAUGGGUCUUCUCAAUUAGUUCAAGUAAAUUGCAUUAGAUUAGCAAAUGGUGAAAAGCAGCUAUAUUUUGUUUUCCAAAAAACGAAAUAUGUUUGGGAUGAAGAAAGAAAAACAUUUUCUGGAAUAGCUUUUCCGGUACACGAAACUUUACGUCAUUAUACCCGCAGUCGUGGGCACGAAACUGAAACCGCUGUUAAAUUAGCAGAGCAGUUAUAUGGAUCGAAUGAAAUGAAAAUGGUUGUACCAGAGUUCUAUGAACUAUUCAUUGAACGUGCCACAGCACCAUUUUUUGUCUUUCAAAUAUUUUCAGUGGCUUUGUGGUGCUUGGACGAAUAUUGGUACUAUUCAUUAUUUACGCUAUUUAUGAUGAUUAUUUUUGAGUGUACCCUUGUUGGGCAACAACUUCAUAAUAUGGCCGAGAUAAGAAAAAUGGGAAACAAACCAUAUGUGAUAAAUGUUUUGCGACAAAAUAAGUGGAGACAAAUAAAUUCUGAUCAAUUAGUUCCUGGAGAUAUAGUCUCUAUGACAAGAUCACAAAAUGACAAUUUGGUUCCCUGUGACAUUGUGCUAUUGCGUGGUAAUUGUAUAGUUGAUGAGAGCAUGUUGACAGGAGAGUCGGUGCCUCAAAUGAAGGAAUCAUUAGAAACACUUGAUCAUUUGGAUAUAGAACUGGAUAUGGAGAGUGAAAGUAAAUUAUUUGUUCUCUUUGGAGGAACUAAAGUAGUACAACACACAGCUCCUACCAAGGAUGCAUUAAGAGCACCGGAUAGUGGUUGUAUUGGUUAUGUAUUACGCACUGGUUUCAAUACAUCGCAAGGAAAAUUAUUAAGGACUAUUCUCUUUGGUGUAAACCGCGUAACUGAAAAUAAUCUGGAAACUUUCGCUUUCAUCCUAUUUCUUAUGGUAUUCGCUAUUGCGGCUGCUGUAUAUGUUUGGAUUAAAGGCACCGAAGAUCCAGAGCGAAGCCGUUAUAAAUUAUUCUUAGAAUGCACUUUAAUAUUGACGUCAAUUAUACCACCUGAUUUACCAAUUGAGUUAACUUUGGCAGUGAACACAUCACUUUUGCAAUUGUCAAAGCUUUAUGUGUUUUGCACCGAACCAUUCCGUAUUCCCUUUGCUGGAAAAGUGCAAAUCUGUUGUUUUGACAAGACCGGAACUCUGACUUCAGAUAAUUUGAUGGUUGAAGGGGUGGCGGGGUUAACCAAUGACAAUGUUAUUGUACCAAUGGAUAAAGCUAAAGACAUAACAAUACAAGCUCUUGCGACAUGUCACGCCUUGGUAAUGCUUGACGAUGGUUUGGUUGGAGAUCCACUAGAAAAGGCUAUGCUUACAGCAGUUGAUUGGAGUCUUACUAAACAAGAUAGUGUUAUUCCAAAACGAGGAAAAUUAAAACCGCUUCGUAUUUUCCAUCGUUAUUAUUUUUCUUCAGCAUUAAAAAGGAUGUCGGUAUUAGCUGGAUAUCUAGUUCCAUUCACCAAUGAAGUAUCUUAUAUCGGCACGGUAAAAGGAGCCCCAGAAGUUAUUCAGAAAAUGUUAAAAGAAGUCCCUAAGAACUAUGAAAAGACUUUCCUUGAGUAUUCUCGUCGCGGUGCGCGAGUUUUAGCUUUGGGUAUAAAAGAAUUUGGUCAAAUGGAUGCCCAGCGUGUCCGAGAUUUAAAAAGAGAGGAUGUAGAAAGCAAUUUAAUAUUUGCUGGUUUUGUUAUAAUAUCAUGUCCUAUAAAACCCGAUUCGAAAUUUGUAAUCAAAGAACUUAUACAUGCUUCGCACAAAGUUGUGAUGAUUACUGGAGAUAAUCCACUCACAGCCUGCCACGUAGCCAGAGAAAUACGCUUUACACGUAAAAAACUAUUGAUUCUUACACGUAACGCAAAUACCAAUAAAAAAUGUAUUGAGUGGCAAUGGGUUUCAAUUGACACAGAGUCUGUCUAUGAUCUUAAACAUGAAUUACAAGAUUUGCUGAGUGGAAAUGACCUAUGUAUUACUGGAGAUGGCUUACAAUACCUUAGGGAACAAGAAAAUUCAUAUUUAUUACAAAUAUUACCCCAUAUUACAGUAUGCGCACGCUUUGCGCCGAAACAAAAGGAACAUGUUAUCACUACCUUAAAACACCUAGGUUAUUACACACUUAUGUGCGGUGAUGGUACCAACGAUGUAGGUGCCCUUAAACACGCCCAUGUUGGUGUAUCGAUACUGAGUAAUGGACCAAUGAAACCAAAGAAGAGGCGCGAUAUCAUGAAUGGAGCCGGAUCAAUUUUCUCAGAUGCUGGUGCAUAUUUAUCUGGUAGUUCCGCCGUAAAUGCACGAAACACAGGUGGCGUUAGAAAUGUUGUAGCAGGUACCUCUAAUACGAUGGAACGUACAAGCAUGUCACAACGUGAUCGUGCAAUUUUGCGACAUAGAGAAAACUUAAGUGCUACCCAAGCGCGAUUACAAUCUGAACUUAAAGAUAUAUAUGAGGAAACCUCGGUGGUAAAACUAGGGGAUGCAAGUAUAGCCGCCCCAUUUACAAGCAAAACAUCGUCGAUAACAUGUGUAAAUCAUAUUAUUAAACAAGGACGUUGUACCUUAGUAACUACCCUACAAAUGUUCAAAAUAUUAGCUCUCAACGCGCUCAUAUCUGCGUAUUGUCAAUCUGUUUUGUAUAUUGACGGAGUAAAAUUUAGUGAUAUGCAGGCCACUCUUCAGGGUCUCUUCAUAGCUGCAUGUUUUUUAUGUAUAACACGCUCAAAGCCGCUGAAAACCCUGUCGAAAACUGCGCCAUUGCCAAAUAUAUUUAACAUUUAUAGUGUGUCAACGAUACUCUGCCAAUUUGCCGUUCAUUUUGGUGCACUUUACUAUUUAACACAAGAGGCAACAGAGCGGGCACCUGAAAGAACAGGGAAAGUGAAACUGUACAUAGAUAUGGAUCCAGAAGAAAAACAAACUUUUCAACCUAAUAUUAUAAAUAGCACUGUUUACAUAAUUUGUCUUGCUCUACAAGUGUCUACCUUUGCUGUUAACCACAAGGGACAUCCUUUUAUGGAAAGUUUGCGUGAAAAUCGUCCACUAUUAAUAUCUAUUUUAGUGUCAACUGGCUUAGUUUUAUUUCUUUCUUUGGACCUCUCUUCCGAACUUACAGAAACUUUUGAAAUCGUAUCAUUCCCCGAAGAUUUUCGUAAAAUGCUUGUACUUGUUUUGUUGGCGGAUACCUUAGCUGCCUUUGCACUGGAUAGAAUGUGCUCAUUCUUAUUUGGAGAAACAAGGCGAAAACCAAAACAUGUCGAUUGCUAAGUGUGAUGGCUACACUAUAUAUUACAUAGGUAAUUCUUUUAUUUCCAAUAAAGGCUUAAAUAUAUAUAAUAACAUCAAACUUCAAAACUAUAUUUUUUUGUUUACAUUGUAUUAAAUGAAUUGUGAAAAUUGAAUGAUUUUUAAGUUUUAUAUAAUUAUUGUGGAGUUCAUUGAAACUUUCACAUGUUUAUUUACUUUUAAAUUUUAAAUAUUCAUUCAAGAACUUUGAAUAAUUCUGUAUGUGUGAUUAAAUAAAUUUUUAAUAAUUUGGUAAUAGUGAAAA